GGACAACACACACAACGCUAAGGUAUACACAAGCACCAAAUCCAUUGUUUCCUUUAUCGUCAGCAGCGAUGUCGUGGUUCAGCUCAUCUACUAGUAUCGAUGCCGAGGUGGAAAGGGCGACCGAUGAGUCCAUUCCGUUUGGUGAGACUGACCUCGCCGCCUCUUUGGAGGUGGCGGACUUGAUUCGCUCAAAGAAGGUGGCUCCUAAGGACGCCAUGAGGUCGUUGAAGAAGAGAUUGACUGCUACAAAGAACCCCAAUACACAGCUAUCAACACUGCACCUGAUUGAUACGUGCGUAAAGAACGGUGGUGCGCACUUUAUCCAGGAGAUGGCUUCAAGGGAGUUCAUGGACUCCCUAGUGAGUCUCGUCCAUGAAGAUAAGACGAAUGAAAGUGUGCGUGAUCUGGCACUGGAAUUGAUUCAAAGCUGGGCCACUGCAUUUAAAGAUAACUCCUCGUUGAAAUACGUGGGCACAACUUACAGACAUUUGCAGGAUGACGGUUACAGCUUCCCGUCUAAUACCACGCAGCUAUCAUCUACGCUAUUCGACUCCAGUGCACCACCAGAGUGGGAAGACUCGGAUGCUUGUAUGAUCUGCUCAACGCCGUUUACAAUGAUCAACAGAAAGCAUCACUGUAGAAAUUGUGGCGGUGUUUAUUGUCAGUCUCACUCCUCGAAGAGUAUGUCGCUUCCUCAUUUGGGUAUAACUGAACCUGUGAGGGUAUGUGACAGCUGCUAUGAUGAAAUUCGUUACAAGAAGAAAAGCAGUAAGAAACAUCGUCGUUCUAAACACGAUAAGGAUGUGUCCCGUGCAAGAGCUCAGUAUGAUAGUGACGAUGAUGAUGAUCUAAAACGUGCAUUGGAGUUGAGUUUGAAAGAAUCUCAAGGCUAUGUUGCACCGCCUGAGCCAGUCAAACAAGUUGCAGUUGAAGAUGAGGACGAUGCUGAGAUGAAGGCUGCUAUUGCGGCAAGUUUGCGAGAAUUUGAGCAAGAAAAACAUAGAACAGAACAGCAACAACAAUCUCAGCCAGCUACAAACGUUGAAAGUCCAUAUUCUAAUCUGAUUCCUCAAGCUGGUACUCCAUAUCAAACUCAGCAGCUUCCAGAGUCCUCUCAAAUUCAACAGCAGUAUUCACAGGUGCAAUAUCCGGCACAAUUCCCCAACGUCCUACCAAACUACAUUACGCAACAAGAUGAAUCCAGCAUUGAACAGUUUGCAAGCAAAGUUGAGGAAUUCAAAGUCAACCCUCAGUAUGGCUAUGAUAAUCCAGAGCUGGUUGAACACUAUAGACAGGCCAUUCCACUUGUACCAAAACUUGCAACGGAUCUCAAUGAUUCGUUGUCUAAGCAUGAUCAACUUGUAUCCAUGAAUCAAAAGAUUGAUACUAUCAUGAAGAUGUACAAUACCCUGCUAGAUCGCAGAAUUGAAAGGGAGACUUUACAAAGACAGCAAUAUUCUUCUGUACCUUCAUAUCCACCCCAGAGUUAUACUUACCACCAACAUCAGCAACCGGUACAACACUCACCACAGCAGCAGUAUUCUCAACCAUAUGAAAACUCACCACAGCUUUAUCAGACCACCUCUAGCAUUCCGCAGCCAACUUAUCAACCUCAAGUGCAGCCUCAUUCUCAACCAACUGAAUCACCUUACCCAACUAACUCUUAUCCUGAACCAGAGGAUCAGGACAGCACACAACAGCAACAUGAGCAUCAACAACAACAGGUGCCACAAGAAACUCCUUCGUAUCCACCUUCUGCUGCUGAUGCUGGUGAAGAGUUCAGUGCUCCUCCAUCUGUGAUCUCGCCACAGAAUACAACUCAACAAAAUGCCUAUCCACUUGAACCACUUCAACAACAACAACAACAACAACAGACCCCUGUUGCGUCUCCAAGUCAACCACAACACACUCAACAACAAUCCCCGGAGGUUCCACGGGCAAAGAUCACGGACUUCUCAUUCCCCAAUGUUCCUGUCAAUAGACCACCACCAGUGGUUUCAACUCACGAACAAGCUAACAUUGAAGUUCCACAACCUAAGGAGGAAGCCCUUAUUGACCUCUAAUCUAUAACCAGAUGUAUGCUAUAACAAUUCAUCAUUCGUAUAUAUACAUAUACGUACUUAUAUCAAGGAUGAUUCCAUGUGUUUUACUUAUUUUGAU